AUGUUCAUUUCCUUCUACAGUAACUGCAUAGAUGUUCAUUUCCGUGGUAACAAAACAGUGGCAGUGAAAGAUGGCGCAUGCAGCCUCUUUGAUACAACUAAACCUAUAGAAGGACUGUCUCCAACUGCAGGACUUAAGGCAUGUAUUGUGUCUCUAGCAGUGUAGCAGGACUAAGACAUGUAUUCUGUGUCUUGGAGUGUAGCGGGACUUAAGACAUGUAUUCUGUGUCUUGGAGUGUAGCGGGACUUAAGACAUGUAUUAAUGUUCACAAUUAUACCCAAAAAUUUUCAUUCACUGUAAAAAAUUAUCCCCAAAAAAUGUUCAUUUGUAUUACCUUAGGUCAAAAGACGUGUUAAACUUUACAAAGAUAUGUUUGUAUGUUAUUUCCAGUACUCAUUUGAUACUUACACUGCCUUUUUUUUCUUUUACCAGUCUUUUCUCUCCAUGUUUGUGGAUGAGGGUGUCACCAUGGGACUGGGACGCCGCCAGUCUGCAACAGCGGAUGAUAACCCCCCGUCCCCACUAGGCAUCGACCCGUCUGAGAUGUUCUCAUCCCAGCAAAGCACAGGGUCUCCCAUUCCCAGGUCCACGCAAGCCCAGACCCGACAGGACAACUUUAGGUUCCACAGUCCCAUGACCCCACCAUCCAACCCUCACACGCCGGCAUCUCCUGGCUCUGCCAGGCUGCCAGCUGGGGUAAGUUCACUAUUUACUUUAUGUUGGUAACAUGUCACCUAGUCGCUGCUUUGCUUCUUUGUUCUUGGCUCUUUUUUUUUUCACUUCUUAUAUCACCUUAACUUUAACUUCUUUUAUAUAAGCCCUGUGACUUUAUUUUGUUUUAUUAUUAGUAGUGCUUCUUUCUUCAGCUCUUGAAGUUCGAGUUUUUUUCCAAUUUUCUGAGUGGAUUUUAUAGGUAAUAAAAAUGUUAUAGUUAUUCAAAGAUAUAGAUAGAAGCUGUUAAGUUUUCAAUAGAGUUUGUCAUUUUUCAGACUGGAAAAUGUCAGACUUUACUAUUUUUAGAACGUCGGACAAAUAUUUCUUAAAACUCAAACAUGGCAGGUAAUAGUGUGUUUCAGCAUAUGGUUUGAACGAUCCUUGUAUCUAGAGUCAAUGUUACAUGUGCAGUACGAGCAAUGUCCCAUUUCACAAAAUAGCAGUAAAAAAAAUUUGUAAAAUAUUUUGUAAAAUGUAGUUGUAAACAAGCUUUUGAUCUAGGUUAAGGUCCUCCUCGCCAACAUAGUAGUACUGAACGGUGUUGACAUUUUGUCCGACCUGAGUACCCGGGUGAUUACAGCAGUUCUAUCAAUAGAUUUCCACCAUUAAAUGACAAGCUCUAUGGACAAAAAAAAGCCAUCAAUUUAGCACAGGAAAAUUUAUCAAGGCUUUAAAUUUUGGAAACAUAAAUGAACAUUUUUCCAAUGAAAAUAUUCUGAUAAAUGGCUUUUUAAUGCUUUAAAAACAAUUUGUCUUAAUUUAAGCUAUGGUUAGCCCUUAUUCUGAUAAUUUAAAUCAUACCAUAUGUAGCACAACAAUUAACUGUGCUUUCUGUUAAAAAUUCCAGUAGAUUAAUGCCAAUGAUCCUGUAAAUUUGUAACCACUGGUUCCAGCACUCAAGUUCUGGUGCUACCAGAUUAGAUCUAUUGGCUUCAGUCAAUUAUUGCUGCUGCUCCAUGUGUUAAUCUUCUUCAUUUGUUACCCUCUAGGUGAAUCCAUCUCCAUCCACUGCACUCAUGGGCACGCCCUCGCCCGGGAGCCUCCUGACAGCCAACUCACCAGGGAACCCCCAGCUUCAUGUGCCAUCUCCUGGUUCUUUUGUACCAGCCCCCUCCCCUCAGUCCUCACUGGUUGGCAUUCAUAUGCAGUCGCCAGCAACGUCCUUUAUGAGCGGUCAGUAGUAUUUUGGGAGCAUGGGAUGUUUCAUGUUUAGCUUUAAAUUGAAAAAUGCCUAAAAACAAUGUUUAGUCACAACUAAUGCUUUCACAUUUUUUAAAUCUAACCUUUCUAUUAUAGUAAAAUUGAAAAGUAGACACCUAUAAUUUGCAUUUUUUAAACCAUCUGCAUAAUUUUCUUUAAGAUUUGUUUUAUAAUUUAGUUGCGUCAAAACAAAAAUCGGUUUCCUUAAUAUAAAUAAAACUAAUAUUAUCGGCUUCCUAAAGUUUUCUCUUAAAUAUUUAUACAUGUCAAUUUUUGCCGAUCAGUUUCUUUUAAAUAAAUAAAUAUUUCAUAGCAUAUUUUUUAAUGAGUCUAUGAGCCAAGUUUCAGCUCGAUCGGAUAACGCCAAGUGGGCCAAUUAGCCAUCUGAAGGUCUUUCCAGCCAGCCAGCCACCAACAAAAGUGAAGUUAAUAUAAACGAUUUUAAAAACCUUUAAAUGUGACUGAAGUAUAAUUUUGCUUCCUAAUUUUUCUAUCUUUUUUAUGACUAUAUUUCAGGUAUUGUUGAUGGAGGCUCCCCAUUCCCGGGGGCAAGUUUGGCCAUGCCAUCCCCAGGCGGCGUAAG